AUGUCCCCAGCGCUUUCCAGGCUGUUUCUCCUUGUGGCUGUACUAUGGUCUGAGAGUUUCUCUAGAUUUCCUGAACCUUGCCUUGAUGAUCCUGACUACGAUGAGCUGGUGAAGAUUGCCGAAAAUGGGCUUGGAAAGGCAGCUCAUCCAGUGGAGGUGGUCAUUGUAGGGGCAGGCAUAAGUGGACUCACUGCUGCCAAACUGCUCAGAGAUGCCGGUCACAUGGUUACAGUUCUGGAAGCCAGUGGUCGUGUGGGAGGACGAGUCAGGACCUAUCGAGAUGAGACACAAGAUUGGUAUGUGGAGUUGGGAGCCAUGCGUUUGCCAAGCACCCACAGUAUUGUUCGUCAAUUUAUUAGGCCUGAGAUGGAUGACAACGCGUGGUAUUUGGUUAAUGGUGUCAGGACAACAGCUGGGAAUGUCAAAAAGAACCCAGAUAUCUUGAGUUAUACUCUGGCUCCCUCAGAGAAAGGCAAAUCUGCUAAGGAACUUUAUGAAGGAAUUCUGCAGAAGGCCAGAGAGAAGUUCCAGAGCACAGAUUGUGAAAAGUUGCUGGAUCGGUAUGACAGCUUUUCCACCAAGGAGUACUUGAUUAAAGAAGGGAAAUUAAGGCUUGGGGCUGUACAGAUGAUUGGAGACUUGAUGAAUGAGGGUGCUGGAUUCCACAGGUCAUUUCUUAACUCUCUCAUGGAAUUUAAUAUCUUCUUUCAUGAAGACGGUUUUGAUGAGAUCACAGGGGGAUACGACCAAUUGCCCCUGGCCUUCUACUGGUCUAUGCCUGGAGUUGUCCAGCUGAACUGCACAGUAGAGCAGAUAAAAUACAUUGGUAACAAGGUCCAAGUAUUGUACCAUAGUGCACACGACACAUGUAGCCCCUCCUCAGAGAUGGCUGAUUAUGUCCUUGUCACAGCCACAGCAAAAGCCACGAGACUUAUCAAAUUUUUGCCACCGCUUUCCUCCAAUAAGACCCAUGCCCUGCGCUCCAUUCACUAUGCCAGUGCCACCAAGGUUGCCUUGGCCUGCACUGAAAAGUUCUGGGAGAAGGAUGGGAUUCGAGGUGGGCCGUCAAUCACAGAUCGUCCUUCUAGAUUCAUCUACUAUCCCAACCACAACUUCUCUAGUGGGGUGGGGGUGAUUGUGGCUUCCUACACCUGGAACAACGACGCUGAAUUCUUUCUUCCCCUGAGUGACAAGAAGUGCAUUGAUGUGGUGCUGGAGGACCUGGCAGAAAUCCACAAUGUAUCUAAGGACCAUCUCCGGUUUGUCUGUGAUAAACACGUGAUACAGAGAUGGAAUCUGGACAAACAUUCCAUGGGAGCAUUUGCCUCGUUCACUCCCUACCAGUUUGCUGACCAUCCUGGGCCUUUGUUUCAGAAUGAAGGGAGGGCCCACUUUGCAGGAGAACACACAGCCCUGCCUCACGCCUGGAUUGACACUGCUGUGAAAUCUGCUGUGAGAGCAGCAAGGAACAUCCACAGGGAUAGCUAUCUGUCGUGGGGGAAACAUUAGCUGCAGAAGAAGCAAGAACAACAAGAGCAGGAGCAGGAAAGGGUUGACUGGGUUCAAAAAUGUGGACUUUAAUUGCUUUAUGGGUGUUUAAGGAAGGCACAACUGCACUGGACACUGAGGAGGGAAUUAGAAACUGCACUGAUAAUCUCCUUCACAGGGACAGAUCCUCAACUGGUGUAAAUUGGUGUAUUUCCAUUGAGUCAAUAGAGCUAAACCACUCAAGACCAGUAGAGGAUCUGGCCCCAAAUCCAGUAUAUGUAAACUGAGCUUGUUCUGUCUCCUUUGAAAUAUUAAAUAAAACUACUACAGUAUAGAAACCUCCACAGAAUUAAUUUGUUUCAUUAAUCAAAAUCAUUACUGAUCAAAUACAAAGCACUAACCUGUUCUUUAUAAAUAGA